AUGGAACGGAGAAAAGAUGAACGAGCAAAUAGAGGACCUGAUUGCCAAGAUAAGCGGAAUAAUAGAAAAAAAGCGGAUCAAGAGAAGGAAGAGAGGAAUAGGAGAAAGCAUGUGGUGGGACAGAGAAUGCAGAGAAGGAAAGAAAGAAGAAGGAAAAAAGAAGGAAGUAACAAAAUAAAGACAGAAGAAUGGGAAGGGUAUUUCAGAAAGCUUUUGAACGGUAAAGAAGAAUGGAGAGAGGAAAAACAGGCUGGUAAAACAAGAGGAAAAAAAGGAAAAGAGAAUGAAGAGAACGGAGAAGAGAAAGAGGAAGAGAUAAGCAGAGAAGUGAAGAGAGUCAUAGAAAGAUUGAAAAAGAAGAAAGCAUCAGGGGAAGAUGGAUUGAAAAAUGAGGUAUGGAUAUACGCAGAGGAGAAGGGGAGUAACGCUGAUGAAUGCAGCGUACAAAAUCUAUGCUAUAAUCCUGGAACAAAGGAUAAGAGCAGGAGCGGAAAGGAUGAAAAUGCUACCGGAAACGCAGACCCGAGAGCAGCUUUUAACAGAGUGAAUAGGAGAAAACUCUGGGACGCAAUGACGAAGAGAGAAGUAAGGAAAAGCCUUGUAGAGAGAGUGAAGGAAAUCUAUGAGGAGACAAGGAGCUCGGUGAGAGUGGAAGAGAGACAUACGAAGGAAUUCUGGACAGAAAAAGGAGUUCGACAGGGGUGUCCAUUAAGCCCACUACUCUUUAUACUGUUUACGGCGGACUUAGAAGAUUUUCUGAGAAGAGGACAAAUGGGAGGCACAACGAUAGGAAGAGGGAGAUGGUUCUCGCUGGCAUAUGCGGACGAUGUAGCAAUAAUAGCAGAAUCAAGAGAAGAAAUGCACACAAUACUAAAAAGGAUGGAAAUAUAUUUUAGUAGGAAAGAUAUGGAAUUGAACAGUAACAAUAAGGACGGACAACACAUAAAGAAGGUAACACGUAGAGGAAUAGCGGCGAUGGCACAAGUGUGGAGCAUAGGAGAGAGGAAAUUUGGAGAGAAUAUUAGGAGAAGAAUGAUGAUGUUCAACGUAAUGGUUAAAAGCAUAGUACUGUACGGAGUAGAAGCAUGGGGCUGGAAUGAAUGGAAAGAAGGAGAAAAAUUGCAAGAGAAAUAUUUAAAGUGGAUAAUAGGAGUAGACAGAUGCACACCGGCAUAUAUUGUAAAAGAGAUAAAGAUUAACAAGAUAAGAACGGAAACUAAAAUGAGAACAAUGAAACAUAAAGAAAAAAUGAAGAAGGCGGAACCAGGUACAAUAAAGAGAGAAUGUAGGAGAGAAAUUGAAGAGAAGACUGGGAGCAGACAAACUGGGGAAAAGAAAGGAGAGCAGCGCUAG